UACUAAGUAAACGUGAGAAAUAGAAAAAUGCUUAUGCUAAUAACAUCUAUUUUAAUAACAGUAUGUCUCGUUUUAAUUUAUCGGUUUUUAAAUACUAAAAAUAAACCUCCUAUUUUCGGUGUAUACCAACAGAAGAGUAAGACUUAUUGGUUCAAAUUUUUGUUUAUGUACACAAUCUUGAAAAUAAGACAGUUGAAAGUACAUUUAAACAGACUGUUUGCCAUCGAAUUGGGUCGAAGCAGUGAUGGUGUAAUGCAUGUUCAAGAGCACGAUGUUAAUCUCGAAAAACUUUAUAAUCUCGGCGAUAACCCAAAGGCAGUGGAUGGAACAUAUUUCAAUGGUAUGUCAAAGUCUGGUGCAGCACUGAUUUGUGGAUUGGCAAGAAGACCUCAACGGAUCUGUGAUGCUUUCUUAUUUUUAAAGAUUGAAGGAGAAGAAGUUUUGUUAACCCCUAGCCUACCAGAUACCUAUCUUAAAAAGUCUAGCGAGGAUAAUGAUAGUCACGAAGUCCAAGGUUUAUCCGUAGCUAAUUUUAUACCAAUGCGUACUUGGAAACUGUCUUACAAUGGGGAAAUGAAACACCGAGAUGAUUCGAAUAAGAAAAUAAAAGUGGAGGCUAAUUUAACAUGGAGCGCCAACUUUCCUCCGUUCGAGUAUGAUUCCCAGAUGUCUCCUAAAAGCAUGGCUAGUGACAUGGCAAGAGAGCCCUGGUCUGCUGACUACUUUAAAUUGCUAAAAAAGUUUCAUCAAACUCAUUACGAGCAGGUGGGAUUCAUUAAGGGCACCGUAUUGAUAGACGAUAAAAUACACGAAUUGAAUAUGCCUUGUGUUAGAGAUCGUAGUUUCGGACCUUUACGAGAGUGGCGAAACUUCCACCGCUAUGUUUAUCAUUUUAUAUUCCUUGAUAAUGGAGAUUUCGUAGCCGUUGGAAGCAUAUCACAACCAUCAAUUUUAUCUCACCUCACAGUCGGCUACUUCUGUCGAAUGUCAGAUCAAUCAGUGAUAUCGGUUGACUCUUCAAACUUUCAAUUAUAUCAACAUGGAGAAAAUCAACAACUACCCAAGGAUUACGGGUUUAUUUUUGAGGCUGGUGGAGAAUCAUAUGUCGUGAAAGUUCAAGCUCAGGACGAAGUAACGUUUUUCAUUGGAAAAGACAAAGAAGCAAAGUUCUACGAAAAAUGGUGUGACAUUGAAGUUAAUGGUGUGAAGGGUCAAGCUUGCGUUGAAUGGCAAUAUAACAACGUCGUACCAAUAUAACAUAAUAUACAAAGAUUAUUCGUUAUUUUAUUAUUUACUAUUUAGGAUAUUUGCGUGUUAGUGUUUUUAUAAUCUUUAAUCUUGUAUCAAUUGAACUGGCUUUUACAGUUUUUUGUAUUGAUCCAAACCAAAGAUAUCAUAAGACGUGGAGUUUUACAGUAUUUAAGUAUAGAGGAACGAGUAGGCGGUUAACCACAUUGUUUCUAUCGCCUAUCCAAAUUCAGUUAAUGAAUCCAUAUCAAUAAUUUGGGUUACCAUAAGCAAGUUGUCUAUCAAUUUUUUUUUUCAAUAAAUAACAUAAGCAAGUGUC